GUACAUGGACGCCGCGACCCGCCUGGCUCUGCAGCUGCGAGCGGCGCUGCAGGAGGAGGAGCCGAGGGCCCUGGAGGAGCUGCUGCGCCGCGGCGCGAACCCCAAUUUGGUGCUGUCGGAUGGCGUGGCGGCGGUGCACUUGGCGGCGGGAGCCCGGCACCCGCGCGGCCUCCGCUGCCUUGAGGCGUUGCUGCGCGGGGGUGGAGACCCCAACACUCGGUCUGUGGAGGCACUGACCCCGUUGCACGUGGCUGCGGCCUGGGGUCGCUGCGGGGCCCUGGAGCUCCUGCUGAGCCGACAUGCGGACCCCGAGCUGCGCGACCAGGACGGGCACCGGCCCCUGGACCUGGCCGUGCAGCUGGGGCACACGGACUGCGUGCGCGUCCUGCGGGAGGUGGGCCUACGGGCCCCUCCCAGGGCCGGGACCCCGGAGCCAGAGCAGGAGCCUGACCGCUCAAACAUCUGGGGCUCUCCCUGUGGAACUCCUGUCUCUGCAGAACUCCAGACCCAGCUGGGCCGAGCUGGCAGCCAGGAUGCGGGCUUGGAAGCCGGCCCCAGAGCCCUCAUCCUCUCUGUGCCCCUGGAGGUUGCUGACCAGGACCGGUGCUCAGAGGCCUCACUUAUGGGCUGGGACUGCAGCUCCAGUGCUUCUUUUGUCACUGCAGUUGAGGUUUCUGGAGCUGAGGAUCCAGUCCAAGACAGAACUGCACCUUGGGCCAUGUCACUGACCCAGACCAAGCAGGAUGCAGCUGGUGUCUCUCCUCUUAGGGUAACAAACUCUGUGGGUCACCCACUGGAGUCAGCCAGAGCAGCGAUGACAGGACAAGAGACAGAGCUGAGUGCUAAUCUAUGGGCUCUGACCCUGACCUCCGCAGAGGACACUGCCUUCCAGCCUCCUUGCUGUGUUCCAGCCUUGCCAGAUGCGAGCCCAGCACACAGCCCCCUUCAAGGACCACUGCCUGGCUCUAACUUCCAGUUCUCGCAAGAUGAUCAGACAUCCUUUGAUGAGGACGUGGCUGCCCGGUGGCUGACAGAAGAUGAGGAGCGCGCCCCUGGGGGCCAGGACUCUGCCCACUCUUGCCAGCCCCAGCCAGUCUCUGCCAUGCCAGACCUGGAGCUGCUGCGGGCACUCCGAGCGCUGGGCACCAGGCCUGGCCCCAUCACACCCUUCACGCGGCCACACUAUCUCCGCAGGCUGGAAGAAGCUCGCGCUGCUUCUGGCCCAGAUUUUUCAGGACACAGCCCAGAGCUGGCUGAGGCCCUGCGGACUGGCUGUGUCCUGGACUCCCAGGCAGAUGAAGACUCCCUUGCCCAGCAGUUUGAACGGCCUGAUCCCACAAAGAGGUGGCGGAAGGGGACUGUGAAGUCCAGCUUCACAUAUCUCCUUCUGGACCCCAGGGAAACGCGAGACCUGCCAGCUCGAGCCUUCUCAUUGACUCCAGCCGAGCGCCUUCAGACUUUCGUUCGAGCCAUCUUCUAUGUGGGCAAGGGGACGCGCGCCCGGCCAGACGUCCACCUGUGGGAGGCCCUUGGCUACUGGGGCCAGCCACGAAAACAGGCCUGCCCCAAGGUGAGGCAGAUCUUGGACAUCUGGGACAGUGGUCGUGGCGUUGUCUCCCUGCACUGCUUCCAGCACGUGGUGGCUGUGGAGGCGUACACGAGAGAGGCGUGUCUUCUGGAUGCCCUAGGAAUCCAGAGGCUGACCAACCAGAAACAAGGGCACUAUUAUGGAGUGGUGGCCAGCUGGUCACCUGCGCGGCGCCGGCGCCUGGGGGUACACCUGCUGCAUCGCGCCCUUCUCAUCUUCCUUGCUGAGGGGGAGCGAGAGCUGCGGCCUCAGGACAUCCAGCGCUAUGGCUAAAUGCUAGAUCCUUGGCAGCCCAGAGCAGAUGGAUGUUGAGGGUGGAGUGGGUGUGCCGACACCCAGUGCGAGAACAUCCCAUCCUGCCCCACUCAGGCCCACGCAUGGCAGUGAGCUCCCCAUCGUGGGAGGAACCAGAAGGAGCACUCGCUGCCUGUCUUCGUGGACAGCCUGCUUUCAUCUCCCAGACACAUGUGGGGAGGAUACUCUGUUCUUUUAUGGGACUAAGCCAGUGCUAGGCACCAAGCAAGUGGUCCUUUAGGGAACUUAAUAAAGACACCAUGGCA